UGAAAAUCGGUUGGAAAAGCGGGAAAAACUUGAAAAUCGAAUUUUAGUAGAGCAAUUGUUGAAUGACACAAAGCGACGGUUUCAAGUGACCUUGUAAAGCAACUGCAUGUCCCGUGACUGCUAAACCUAGCCGCUAUGUGUAAAUUUAAAAAUUCACCGUGGCAUAUUAUUAAGUUUUACAAGAUCUUACUCGUACCAUCGACAGUUAUAAAUAUUAAAUAAGAAAUAAGAAAACGAAAUACAUCUAAGCAAAGUUCAGCGCAUUUUGCAAUGACCGGCUUCGACUUAAUACUUUCGGCGGCGCUGUGUCUUACGUGUGCAAAUCUAACGGAUAUACGUCUACCCGAGGGUCUAAUAGAGUUAGAAGAAAAUAAUACCGUUGUUGCUAUAUCGCCCGAUUUGGCAGUCGACGAGCCAUCCUUGGAUGAUGCACCACUAGAAACGGUAAAAACAAUCAUCGCCAAGAAGGAGAAAAUGGACAAGCUAAGAGAGUGGAUAAAGGGUCGCAAAUUGGUGAUUGCUACGCUGGAGGAUUAUCCGCUCAGCUAUACGGUUAUGGAGAAUGACACGAGAGUGGGCAAGGGUGUGGCAUUUGAGUUAAUCGACUUCUUGCAAGAGCAAAUGCAAUUCACCUAUGAAGUUGUGGUACCGGAAGAUAAUAUCAUUGGUUCGAGAGAGGACUAUGAGAAGAGUCUUAUAAAGAUGUUGAAUAACUCGGAAGCUGACCUGGCCGCUGCUUUUAUACCGACGCUAAGCGAGCAACACAGUUUCGUUUUCUAUUCGACAACCACUUUGGACGAGGGCGAAUGGAUUAUGGUGAUGCAACGUCCACGUGAAUCGGCCACUGGUUCGGGUCUGAUGGCACCAUUUGAUUUUUGGGUUUGGAUCUUAAUUUUCAUUUCACUUUUGGCGGUUGGACCAAUUAUUUAUAUGCUCAUCAUAUUGCGUAAUCGUUUGACUGGUGAUAAGGAGCAGAAGCCUUACUCGCUGGGUCAUUGUGCCUGGUUUGUGUAUGGUGCAUUGAUGAAGCAGGGCAGUACACUGUCGCCGAUCGCGGAUUCAACACGCCUACUCUUUGCCACCUGGUGGAUAUUCAUUACGAUAUUGACUUCAUUCUACACCGCAAAUUUAACAGCUUUUCUCACGCUAUCUAAAUUUACUUUACCCUAUAAUACCGUUAGCGAUAUACUAUAUAAGAAUAAACACUUUGUUUCGGCACGCGGCGGCGGCGUGGAAUAUGCGAUAAGGAAUACCAACGAAAGCCUAUCCAUGCUGACAAAUAUGAUACGCAACAACCACGCCGUAUUCUCGAGCAGCUCGAACGACACCUUUAAUUUGCAGAAUUUUGUUGAAAAGGAUGGUUAUGUAUUCGUACGCGACCGCCCGGCUAUUAAUCAUGUACUUUAUGCAGACUAUCGCUAUCGCAAAACCAUUAGCAUGAAUGAUGAGAAGCUACACUGUCCAUUCGCCAUGGCUAAGGAGCCGUUUUUGAAGAAGAAUCGUUCAUUCGCCUAUCCGUUGGGCUCCAAUUUGAGUGAGCUCUUCGAUCCCAAACUACUCAACCUCGUGGAAUCCGGCAUUAUUAAGUACUUGUCGACUAAAGAUCUGCCAAAUGCCGAAAUAUGCCCACAGAACUUGGCCGGUACCGAGCGUCAGCUACGCAACACCGAUCUCAUGAUGACCUACUACAUUAUGUUCGCCGGCUUUGUCACCGCCAUGGUUGUUUUCUUCACCGAGCUUAUAUUCCGCUACCUGAAUCAACGUAAUGAGGGUAGCAAGUGGGCGCGUCACGGCAUCGGACGCACUACAAAUGGACUCUCGGUACGUGCACCGCGUUGGCUGCGUCAAUUGGAGACGGAUAGCGACAAGCAACGUCUGACUGCUUCACCCUCGGGUUCGACCAUUACACCACCGCCACCGUAUCAAAGUAUUUUCAGCAGCAAUCAUCGACACCAACACCAACAGGAUGAGGCAAGUCAUUUGAGUAAGGAAAGCAGCUUGCAUCGUUGGCGACGCGCUGGCCAAUUUGGCGCCGGAGGCUCGAAUUUCGGCACCUUAGCGGUUGGUACUGGGAGCGGUGCUGGUGUAUUGCUGGGCAAUGGUCAGCUGCAUGAAGGUAGUGGGGCGGGUGGUGUACGACGUUUGAUUAACGGUCGUGAUUAUAUGGUUUUCCGCAAUCCGAACGGACAGAGCCAAUUGGUGCCGGUGCGUGCACCCUCAGCGGCGCUCUUUCAGUAUACCUACACGGAGUAAACGCUAUUAAAUCCGGUGUGUGGUAGUAAAAUUGUUGGUCAAAAUAAGUGUGUGGAGAAUAUCACGUAUGCUCAACUAAGUCCUUGCCUGCAGCAGGAAGGCCUAGUGAACACUUUAGUGUUGAAUUUACUUUGUUAAAUCAAAUUUUACAAAUAUUUUCGUCGUAAAUUGUUACUCAUACUUUCGUAGUUGUUGGUAUAAAGUUUUUUUAGUCGAUACAUUUUAGAUUUUUAUUUUCCAA